AGAGGCAAUGCCGGGAUAUUGGCGGGUAUCUUGUACAGGUAACAGAUUCUUCCGAAGAUUCAUGGGUCGUUAACAUGAUUCAAAAAGGAGGUCAACCUUCAACAAGCUACUGGAUGGGGGCAGCAAAUGCUAAAGGAGGGAAGUGGAGAUGGGUCAAUGACUCAUCAAAAGUUCAAUAUUCUAACUGGGCAUCUGGUCAACCUUCGGGAGGCAAAUAUCAUUGCGCUCAAUUUUGGUGCAAAUCUAACUACAAAUGGGACGAUACAACUUGUAAUCGUUUAGGAAAGGGAUACAUUUGUGAGAGAACUCAAGGAUCCAAUUAACUGUCUUCCCUACUCGAAACUGUUCAAACGUUGGACAAGACAAAACUAGAAACUGUUCAACAAUGAUGUUGUCUGAAAAUAAAA